AUGUCGCGACUGUACACACCGGAGUAUUCGGAUGAACUUCUGUCAUUCGUGCAAGAAGUGUAUAGCCAAGAUGUGAAACAUUACUAUGCAAAACUUAAGUUGGAAAAGCUUAUAGAACUUUUGGAACAAGCUGAGUCUUUAUUUGAGUCAUAUCGUGAAUCCUUAUCCGUUGAGAAAUAUGAAGAUUGCUUGUGCGAAUAUGUGAUUGGAUCCUUCUAUGUCUUUCUAAUCAUUCCCGGAUCUGUACAGUUUAGUGCUAGAAACAAGUCGUACAGCAUUUACUCUGAUUUGAAGAAACUAUAUCAAGAUGAGUUGAACAUGUCGAAUGUUUUGUUAAUGGUUCUGCACAAAGUUGAUUCUGUACUCAAUCAGAACAUGGAGAUACUCGCAAAGCAACACCUUGACCCAUCCAGGAAACGUGCUUUCUCGGUGGAAGAACCGAUCAUAAGGUACCAAUUACAUAAUUUGCAGUUGAAUAAUGCGGAUCAAAAAUCUGUUGACGACGAUUAUAAAUCCUUCGCAUCAACCGAAUGGAAAGCUCCACAACUUGAUCCAAAUGAUAGAUUACACCUAGCUAUUGCGAGUUCAAAAACAACUGAGUCGUCUUCUUUGAACUCUAUCUCGCUGGAUGAGAACUUAUAUAAAGAACAAGACGAUACCGAUGCGUUAGAUUCAGUUUCUGAUAAACUAUUGGGUUCCAUUCACAAACCCGAUCUUCUUGAUCGCACAGGGAUAAUACGGAAAGUGCCAAGACAUCAAAGCCUUCCGACUGAACAACAUCAUAAGCUAUAUGCUCAGAAUGACUCUUCACUAAUGUUAGAGAAUAUGGAUAGUUUUGAUAGGUCACGUACCCACAGAAAAGAUUCUUACCACUCUGUCUAUCUGGGGGAUGAGUUAGAAGAUCUCAACAACAUUUCGACUGGAUUAGCUCGACACCAGCAAGAAAAUACCAUUGAUUGUUUUGCCCUUUUUUCUCUUUUGAAGGAUGCAGAAAGUAGAGAGAAUCUUUUACUGAUUGAUUUGCGACUUCCUAAAAGAUUUGAAUCCAAUCAUCUUGUCGCUCCGAACCUUUUAAAUAUUGACCCAUGUCUCCUUUUUGAUACCGAAAAAGGCACAUCAUUAGAAUCUUUCGAAGCUCUUAAAAAGAUAGUUGCCAAUCCAAUCUUAGAUAAAAUAAGUCAAUACGACAACAUCGUGUACUAUACGGAUUACAAAAGUUUCAUGCAUCUCACUUUCAAUUACGAGUUAAUACUCUUUGAAUUACUAUUCAAGAAGACAGGAACUGCUAUUCCAAAAUCAUUGUUAGGCGGGUACGAACAAUGGAAGGCUUUUUUGAAUAAGCAGCUGCGUGACUCAGAGUUUGACAAAAGUCUCUUCUUGUUCAGAAAGUCUAAAUCAGCUCCUUCGGAUAAAACUGCAAGCAAACCAUCUGUUCAAACUGACAAUAUCAUUAAAAGCAGUCCAAGUAUUCUCUCUAAGGAACACAAUGAUGACACACUCAUAUCAUCAACACCUCCAAUUCCGAAAGUGGCACCACCUCCGCUACCCGGUUCACCUUUAAGCGCUCCCACCAUUGUUUAUAAUAGACCACCAGUACCUUUACCAAUAAAUUCUCCUGCCCCGCUAUUAAAACCGUCUAUUGCCAAAGAGCUUCGUACCCCUCAAAGAAAUGAUUGGACUGUACAAACUCAACACUUACAUGUUCCCUUUUCUAUUCCCACUAUUGAAAGGAGUCCCAAUGAGUUUGUGUCAUUAUCAAUAACAGGACUUAGGAACAUGGGUAAUACAUGUUAUAUCAACUCAAUGCUACAGUGUCUCUUUGGAUGUUCUCAAUUCAGAGAUCUCUUUUUAGGUGGAAAGUAUCAUCGUUACUUGAACCCGAAACGUAGCAAUACUAUCAUAUCGAAGUGGUUCAGUUUACUAUUUAGAAAGAUGUAUUUGAACGGUGGAUGUUCAGUGGUUCCUAAUGGGUUCCUUAAGGCAUGUCAUAUGUUGAGACCAGACUUCCAUAUUCCCACCGAUCAACAGGAUACCCAAGAGUUUCUACUAUUCUUGCUGGAUACUUUGCAUGAUGAGUUGAGCGAACCAACUAAGGUGGCUAAUGAUUAUCCCAACCUCCUAUUGCAUGAUGACGAAAAGCUUCUGGUUGAUAAUAAGGAAUAUGAUAAAUGGUUCGACGAAGGCUUGAAGAAUAAUGGACUUUCCCCUAUAGACGAUAUUUUUCAAGGUCAGAUGGAAAAUUCUUUGAAGUGUCAACGGUGCGGGUUUACUUCUUACAAUUACUCUACGUUUUACGUUUUAUCUUUGGCAAUUCCAGCCAUGCCUCCACCUAAAACUUUCUCUAGAAGUAAAAAGAUAAUACGGUUGGAAGACUGUAUCAAUCUAUAUACCCAAGACGAACUGUUAACCGGUGAGAAUGCCUGGGACUGUCCAAAAUGUGGAACCCAUUCAAAUUCCUCGGAUGGAUCCAUGAAUUCUGACGAGACUGUCGACAAGAAGAAGAAGAAAAAUUUUCUAUCUGUUAACGGUGAUCAUAAAUCUCGAUCUAAGUUUUUCAAAUUGUCAUCAUCCAGAUCAGGUAAGAGAUCACUAUCUCCCUUUAAAAGUAACUCCGUAAAGCCAGAGAAGCUACAUAUCAAAUCUAAAAAAAUGACGACGAUUAAGACUUUGAAUUUCAUUACUAUGCCCAAUAUUCUGGUAAUUCAUUUGUCUAGGUUUUUUUACGAUUUAACCAAGAAGAACGAGACGAUGAUUAACUACCCAUUAAUAUUGGAUGUUGUUCUUAAAAACAAUGAGAUUGCAAGGUAUCGUCUAUAUGGUAUUAUUAAUCAUUUUGGAAAUCUGGUAAGCGGACAUUAUACAUCUUUAGUUAACAAACAUCUUUCACACGAAAUUCGGAAAGGUCAGCAGAAAUGGUACUACUUUGACGAUGAGGUUGUAAAAAAAGAAUUUAAUCAUGGUGAUUUUGAUAGAGGCAUCACCAGUAUAUCCAGUGGGGACGUAUAUGUAUUAUUCUACGAAAGGAUCCAUAGCAUUUAA